ACACACACACACACACACACACACACACACACACACACACACACACACACACACACACACACACACACACACACACUCCGGCCUUCUGUACAUUCCCUAAAGCUCAGUGAGGAUUUACACACCGCGUGUUUUUGGGUUUAAUCCGGCUUCCGGUUUUGUGAGGAGUUUUUCCGGACCGUGCAGGGUGGAGACACAAUAACAACAACAAGCAUCACUUACACCACCAGCUCCAUCAGAAGCUUCUACCAUCAGCGUCGGAGAGUCAAAGAGUCAAAGAGUCGGAGAGUCAAAGAGUCGGAGAGUCAACGAGGCAGAGAGUCAGAGUGUUUGUGAGUCAUGCCCCAGACUGAGGGACUGAAACGCUUCAGUCUGCACAAUUCUGGAGAAAAACAGUAACAUGAAGCUGACAUUUCGAACCCAGGAGCUCUCGAGGAACUGAGAACAUCUUCACCUUUUAAAUUUGCACUCAGCAGCAGCUACAGUGUCCAGGUAGAGUCUCUAAUGUCCUUCAUCUCCACCUCCCCUGAGUCUCUGCACUCUGGUUAUCAGUGAAAAGCCCCUCGGUCGUGUGGGAGGAUGAGGAGCAGCGAUGAGGCUGAAGGUUUCGAUGGCGAGGCCUCCAACACGGCGAUGGUGUCGGGGGCCAACAGUCCGUAUCAGCCAACCACAGAGCCGGUUCUCUCCCGGAGUGUGUUCAGGAGCAUGAGCUGGAACCCACACUACCUCACGUCACAACUCGGCAUCCUGAAGAUCAUCGAAGUGGUUCUGUCCCUUAUUGCGUUUAUCUGCAUUGAGACGGUGAUGAUGUGUUCUCCCUGUACUGGAGUGUAUCUGUUUGAGUUUGUGAGCUGCAGCUCGUUCGUGGUGACAGGACUCUUACUGCUGCUCUUCAUCCUCAACCUCCACAGCAAACUCACACAGAUCAACUGGAGCUUAGUGGACCUGAUUAACGCUGCCUGCUCCACGCUGUUCUUCUUCAGUGCCUCAGUGGUGUUAGCGGCACUCAAUCACCAGAGUGGUGCAGAAAUCGCUGCUGUGAUCUUCGGCUUUGUGGUGAUGUCAGUGUAUGGUGUUAACACGGGUGUGUGUGUGAGACAGUGGCGCUCAGGAGACCAGCGUCCCCUACAGACCAGCGAGUACACACGUGCCAGGACGGCCUCGCGCAGUGAAGUGGAAUCGCGACCUGAAUAACACACACACGUUAAACACACAAACUCACACUAAACACUUUAUUAUAAACAUUAAUCGUGUACUAAUUCAGAAGGUGUGUGUGGUUAUGUGUUUAUGCUACAAAAUGUUUUAUGUUUCUGAGUUUUAAAUUCUGGGUUUUUUUUCAGUUGUCCACAUACACUUGAGCUAAUGGCUAACACACAGUCCGAGCGAUUAAACACGAUUAUCUGUACUAGGGCUAACGUCGCAGCUAGCUCAGCGUCUUUGUGCUAGUUGUUAAUCUUUCUGAUUAUCUGUUAAUGUGUGGAAUGAUUCCUCCGUCUGUGCUGUUAAGACCUAGUUGCUAGUGUUUUGGCUAGUUACUGUUAGCUAACACUAGUGAUAGAGAUGAUUCAUGAACUUGUGUGUGUGAUUUAUAUUGUAUCAGUCUCUACAUUUUAAUCAUCAUAAGCAGUAAUAAUAAUUAGCAAUUCAGCUAGUUGACAAGUCUGAACAUUUAGACUAGUGUUUCUGCUUGUGACUCUUCUGCGGUCACCAGCAUCACUGAGGGGUAUCUGGGUAUCUGUGAGGGUAGUUAGCAUUUCAGCUAGUUUUACUCUUUUGGAUACGUAAUAGUGUGUGAGUUUCUAUUUUUUACCAUUUGCUCUCCUCACAGAUUAUGAUAAAGAAUACAGAAAUAGAAAAGAAAGGAAAACUCUGUGAUGUCAGUAAAUCAUGAACUACGACAAAUUUAUAUAAAACUCAAGCUUUUGUUUUGACUCUUAAUAUUAGGAUCAGACUGUAAACACUUUGUAACUGUUGUGUGUUAUUUUAUCUUUAAAAUGUUCUUUUGGUACUAAUUUUAUAUUUUACUUUGUGUGUGUGUUCCUUUGUGUUUGAUUUGUCCUGUUGUUUGUGUGUGUGUGUGUGUGUGUGUGUGUGUGUGUGUGUGUGUGUGUGUGUGUGUGUGUGUGUGUGUGUGUGUGUGUGUUAAUUUCAGUGUUGCGGUGUUUCAUUACCUCCUCCCUGUAGUGUGCACUACAUAAUAAUCUUCUGUCCCCUUCAACAUGGUUUUAUAGAUUUAAAAGUAAUAAUGUGGACUUUGACACAGUCUGUUGUCUCUGUACCUCGUUUCUGUACCUCGUUUCUGUACCUCUUCUCUAUACCUCACCUCUGUAUCUCAUCCUUACACCUCGUCUCUGUAUCUCAUCCCUAAACCUUGUCUCUACACCUCAUCUCUCUAGCUCGUCUCUGUACCUUGUCUCUGUACCUCGUCUCUAGCUCGUCUCUGUACCUCGUCUCUGUAUCCCGUCUCUAUUUUCCUGAAUAAAGCUUGAGUUUUGAAGUGAAGCUUUGAUGCUAAUUAACCAGUCUCAGAUGAUGGGUUUAGCGCUAGUCAAUAGUGAUGGGGUUAUUUUGUUAGCUAGUAUUUGCUUGUUAACAUUUGUGCUGUUAGAGUUUAUGAUUUGCUGCUAGCUGUGAAUAGCCUGCUACACAUGAGGCAGUGGGUGGAGUCAUCACUGUCACUCAAAUCUCAAAAUAGCUUCUUAAAAUCUAUGUUUAUUCUGACGGAACAUUUGUAAGCGUUUUGGUCGAGCACUAGCAUAUUUCCUUAGCCACAGUCAUCAGGACUAGUCGCUUAAUCUACUUACAUUUGAGUGCUUUGUUGGCAUUUUAGCUACUUCAAAAAAAUUGGGAUAAAUCUGUAAAAAUACAACUAAAUUCUAUGAAAUUUAAAAAAAUGCAGAACACUAAAAAUAUCGAACAUUAAUUGCUUUCUGCACUACAAAUAUUCAGGUACUAUCACAUGCCAGUGUGUAGUGCGAGUGUGUUGUGUGUGUAGUGUGUGGGUGUGUUGUCUGUUGUGUGUAGAGAGGGUGUGUAGUGUGUUUUGAGUGUUGUGUGUUGUGAGUGUAUAAUGUGUUGUGAGUGUGGUGUGUGUUGUGUGUAAUGUGUUGUGUGUGUGUGUGUGUGAGUGUGUUGUGUGCGAUUUAAUCUUUAUUGUGCUUUAUGUAAUUACACACUCCUCACUUUGAGGUUUUAUUGAUAAAUUAAUAUCUGAUUGUAAGUUAAUUAUUUAUCCCUUUUUAAUUGCAGUCUGUAAUCUGAGGCUCAAUAAUCCGACACUGUGACGUUUUAAACAGGAACACAGAAGCUCUCAGAUGUGUAUUUAUAGAGCUGUGUUUAUUUACACACUUAUUUACUGAAAUUCUCUCAUUUGUGAAAUAAAUAAAAUUUGAUCGAA